CGUUACUGAGUCCCCGAGGCAGAAGAAGGGCCAGAGUUCCUGCUGCUGUGGCUGUGAGGAAACUGUUCUGGUGGAAAGGAGCGAGCGAAUUUUUACCUGUCGAGUGAUUAAGAGGAUCCCCAGGAACCUGAAUUUAGGAGGCAACGAAAGCGGCGGGAGCAGUAGCAAAUAGUCUGACGGCGGACCUGGCUGGCGUCUCUCCCUCCCCCGUGCCUCCCCUGCCAUGGCGCCGCGGAACAAGCUCACACACCACGAGAAGAGCCACAUUCUCCGCCAGUUCAGCGGCCACGCAGCCAUGAGCGCCCGGGCCUUGGCGGAUCGCUACGGGGUCAGCAAGGCAGCGCUCAGCAACAUUCUGGAGGCGAGGCGCACCAAUUGCACGUCUUCGUCCGACAUAACUUUCGAUUUCUUUAAGACAACUUCCGCAAACUUAGAGGUGAAAGAAGAGGCCGUAAGCUCCGAGGAAGAAGUGGAAGUGAGCUUAAAGGAAAAAGACGAUGCAAGCUUGGCGAAAGAAAAAUGGGUGAAUGCAAGCUUGGAGGGAGAGGAGGAAGACAAAGAUAUGAAAAAGGAGCCCGUAAGCUUGGUGCCAGAAGAGGCUGGGAUCCCUGCGGUGCAUGAGCAAGAUAUCAAGUCUGCAGUCAAGGAUUCUAAACUGACGGAGAGACUGAAGGAAAUUUCCCCCUAUGACAGCUCGCCGCCGCCCCUCACUGACGAAGUGUUCAGCAAGGCACCGGACGAACACAGCCUUUCACGCCAGGAACUCUUUAACGCCCUCAUGACUCUGCAACAAGUGGUGGAGUACAACCCAAUGCCCAGGUGGUUCACAUUUGUGUUCGAUUCUAUCUUCCCGGGCUCGAAUCCAAUGGAGGACGCCUGGACGGGGGUGCUGCGGAAUGGGAGAAGCAGCCUGAGUCUCCCGCCACGUCACGACAUACUGUCAGCAGUGGUGGUGCUGCGUCGGGCACUGCACAGCGACCAAUACCUGCCCUCGUGGUUCAGCUUUACCCUGAGUCGUGUGCUUCAUAAAUACCGAAGCAGGCGAAGAAACGCAUCACGAGGUUCAAAGUUCAGUGGAGGUUCAGUUUACCUUUGGUUUUAAAGAACAAUGACGUCAAUGCGAGUGAGUGGGAGGCUGGGGUUUUAAAGCAACACAGACGCCGGGUUGUGUGGAAGACUUAAAAAUGGCACCAUGAAUAGAUCCCGCCAAUAAUGGGGCACGUGGCGCUAACGUUUUACUACAUUUAGGUGUUCCUUCAUUUUUAUGUACCUCAUGUAUCAGUGUUCUGCCAAUAAAGAGAGUGUAUGCC